AUGUCAGUCCCAUUUCCAGACCCCAACAACACCUACACUCAAGCACCGCCACAACCGCAACAAUCUUACGCUCAACCGCCUCCCAACAACGGGCAGCCAAACCAACCGUACUAUUAUGAGCCUGGCCAACCCCAACAAUCGCCUCCGGCGAAUGAGCAAGACAAGGACAGAGGACUCUUUAGUAAUAUUCAGCAGGCUUUAGGUGGUGGUGCACAUCCACCUGGGCCGGGGCAACCGCAACAAGGAGCACCGGCGCCAUCAGGAAGCAAUCACUCAGGUCUGAACGUUACGCUAGGAGGAGUGUUGGGAGCGGUUGCUGUAGCUGGUGUCGGAUAUCUCGCUUAUGAUCAAUGGCUCAAACAUCAGAAUAAGGCUCAUUCCGACCAUUCUGUUGAAGAAUUCAAACGUUUGCAGGCUACACAUGGGGCGCCUGCAGCGCCUGGUGCCCAUGAUUCACACGGGGGAAAGCAUAAGGACAAGAAACACAAGGAGCACAAACAGAAAAAGGAUAAACAUGACAAAAAGGAAAAGAAGCACAAGAAGGGAAGCGGUAGCAGUUCUAGCAGUUCUAGCGAUAGCGAUUAG